UGGGUGUCUGUCCACAGCCUGGCAUGGGACUGCAGCAGCAGGCAGAGAAAGAGGCGUAUGCAGGGACAGGGUACUCCAGGACCGCUCUGGUUUCGGCAGCCUUCCUCCUCUGUGGGGCAUUUUGCAAGGGUGCGACCCCGUGAGCAAUGCGUGGGGUGGGCAAGGGACACCAGGCAUUAAAGCCCACAGCGUGCGUGUCAGCUCAGUGUCCCCACUGCUGAAUAAUCACUAUUGGGCGUCCUUGAACACCCAGCAAUGGACCCACUUGUCUGAGUGGCAGAAGUCCCUGCCUGGGCUGCUGUGCAGCUCUUGGGAUCCCCCACAUAGAGGCAAAAAAAAAAAGAAAAGAAAAACAGUAAAUGAAGCAUGGAAAUACUCCAAACACAGGCAGCUUGCAAGGGAGAUCAGAGGGAAAAUUAUGCAAAAAAAAAACCACUUCAGGGCACAGCCAGGAGCCUGGCUAUGACAUUGACUGGGCAAGAUUAGAACUUCACUGAAGCCACUUUGCAUUCCUGCCUUUCUGUGUGCCCAGUGCUGUGGCUGACUGCCUGUGCCAGCCCUGCUCCACCACAGGAGCUCCCAGGAGGUCCCACCUGAGCUUUGUCUUGGAAUUAAUCCUUCUCACUCGUCACUGUCUUCUAAACCCUACCAGACCAGACUUCUGAUGAAACCAGGCUGGCUUGGAUCCAAUGUAUUGUUCUCCAGCUGCAGGAUCAGACACUGCCAGAACUUUUUAUGCUGCAGCCAGCCAUUGUAUGAGAUGCUUCCAAGUGCUGGUGUCUAUUACUUCCCAUGGGAGAUCAACAGCUCAGUCCCCGAGGGGAAGACACUGAGGACAUUUGGCAGGUUAUGCUGCUAUGACCUGGCCCGAUCUGAAGCCGUUCUCACCACGCAGCACAACUCGGCUCAGUACCAAGUCUGUGUUGACACCAGGUUUGUGGAGCCAUUCCAAGCCCAAGUGGGAUCGUUCUACAUGGUCCUGGGAGAGGCUGAGCACAGGGAAGAAACUUCCAGUCCUGUAGUAAAAGCAAGAAUAUUGACCUGCGUGGAAGGGAUGAACGUGCCCCUGCUGGAACAAGCCAUACUGGAGCAGAGGAAAUACUUCAAUGAGAGGCAGGAGCAGAGGGGAAACAGCACAUCCUGAUAGCAGCUCUGAGGCCAGCCACACGCUGGUCCUUGCACUACGAUUUGCAACAAAUAUGUUAAAAGUAAAUUAGGAGGUGUGUUCUCUGUGGCAAACAGCAAAGUCACUGAGCAGGGAAACACUUGAAGACACUGAAUCAAUGUGUGACUGUGGGCUGUCCAUUCCUGCCCUAGGUGUCAUGACUGAAAAUAGCUCUGGGAAGCAGGUUCAUUGUUUGUUUGAAUGGGUGGUUGAGGAAAGGGAACAUUUGGGUUAUACUGGUCCUUUUGUAAUGCACAACAUGAAGUCCAAAGUGUCUAAACCUGGAGUUACGCAGCUCACCUUUGGCAGAUGGGGGAAAAGGGCAUUAGCACAAAGUUCAUUUGCCCUGCCUGGCUGCGGGCCCAUGAGUUCCUGUGUUGGGGUACCCUGACUCAGCAGCCACACAGGAACAUUCCUGGCAAAACACUCACAUAUCUGGGCUGACCAAAGAAACAAGAACAAAGAGUCCCUAUUUCCAGUGGCACCUGCCUCUUCAGGUAGGAAGAACUGGUAUCUAAGGGGAGGAUUAAUUCUAACUCUAAAAUAAAUAUUUGCAGUGCUCUGAGUACUUGACUUUCUUCCUUGAUACAGCUAAGUUUAAGAGACCUUAAAUCACUACUUUGGAGGUAUCUAAAGAUUUUGAUUUAAAUUUUCCUAAAUAAAGAUGAAA